CUGAGUUAAAUAAUUCAGGCGUUUAUAAAAUGUAUUUAAUAAUACCUGCGUUGGUUUAGCUACCUGAAAUAGUGCAGCAGUGUUCUUCUUGGAGCUGCAUUUUGUUAAUUUAAAGAGAUUUGACGUCUUGACAAGAGUUAACACUAAUACUAGUAAGUGUAUAUUUCUGAAUUGUUUAUGUAUUUAACCAGCAUUAUUUGAAACAGAUUUCAUUAGAAAGUAUGCUUCCUCUCCUUUCUUACUCCUACAAACAAAUUUUCCCUUGAAGCAUCACAAACUAAGGAACGCUAAACUUGUAAAAGCCCUUGUGCUUCGCGCUUCUGAAGCUGAGUCAGGGAAGCAUUGGUUGUUUCAUUUUAAUUGUAUUACAAAAUUCUUGAGAUAAAUGAAGGAGGAUGCUCUUCUGGUGUAAUUACACAGUUUUAGGAUGAUACAAGUGUAAGUAUUGCAAUCAAGAAAAAAAAAAACCAAACCCCUGACGCUAAUUAAAGUAGUUAAAUCUCUGAAGUUAAAACGCUAACUAAGGCUUAAUCUGAAGUCCACUGUUGUUCUGACGUAUUUUAUGUAUUUUUAUUUUUUUAAACUGACACCCCUCACCUUAACCAGUACAGUGAUAUAGCUAUAAAUAUUUACAGUUAUUUUACUUCUCUAACUUGAACUCUGUGUAGAUGCAUCCUAGCAUUUUGAGAGGUAGUUAUUAAUUACUGUCUGUUAUGAGACUGGGAUAGUAAGAGUAUUUAUCAAACCUUUCCAUGUCCCUUCCACAAAACUGGGAAGGGACUUAAUAUGUCCAUUGUCUCCCCUCAAAAUAUUUUGAUAAAGUAAUUCUGACUAACUGACCACAGAGGUUAGGCAAGAGCUGAUGUGUCAAGGAAAGAAAUUAUCUAUUGGCAUAUUCCUUUUUCUUUCUAGCUUGGUCAAAAAUGCUUUAUCUGUUUGAUUAUAUGUGAAUAUAAAUUUAGAGGUAGAGAAAAUCACCUCUGUGUUGCUUUUAGGUUUUCUAAGCAAAAGAGCAGUGGUAACACAUUACUGUUGUGGCUCCUGUGUAGAUCCUGAACAGGUUUUUUCAGUGAAGGAAAACUUAGUAAUUUCUAAGGAGAGUUACUAAAAUGUAGACUUUCAUCAGUGUAAAUUAUAAAAAUCUGUAAAGGUCACUUCUUUUUCUGUCACUAAAAUGACUUACUGAUUUGGCAAUUGCAGCAGAAUUUCUGUUAUAUGAAACUUAAAUAAGCAAAAACUACUCCUUUUGACAGGGUGUUUAUAAUCAGCUUCUUGACUAGAAUAAGCUAUAACCAUGACAAGGCUUUUUAUUAGGUUGCUCCAUUUCAGGAGCUGAUUUGUAUUGCACCCUGAAAGACUGGUGUGAUCUUUGUCUCCAGAGGAGGAAACAGGGAGUAUCACUAGCGUUAAAAGUAAAUCCUCUUCACCAUAGGUGAGGCCUCAGUUUUGAGGCACGUGAACAAACCACUUCCAUGUUGGUUGCCUUACCAAAGGUAAUGGAGAAACUGAAAGAUCAGGAAGGAAUGAGUUUAGUGGUAGAUAUGUCACAUAAUGAGUAUAUUUUCAACAAUUGCCUGGAUCACAAUGUAAAGAAGUUCUUGAUAAUUAUUGUUCUGAUUUUUCACAAACUGCAGAGGUUUUGAGGACUUUGUUACAUCAAAUAAUGUUCCUCGUAUUGCUACUACAGGAAUUUUUUUGGCCUUUUUUAAACUUCUAUUGUUUAUUUUUCUUCUUGGAACUUGGAUCACUGGUUUUGUUCAGGUUCUGGCUGCUUAAAUUGCUGCUGUAUAAUACCCAAUGUGUAAAUUGCCUGCAAUGUGUCGUAUCAGCUUGAGGGUCGAGCUGUUCUCUGAAAUGCAUAGUGUAAUUUCCAGAAUAAGUCUUCCAGUCCACGCUUAGUCAGCUUUGUUGGUGCUGAGGGAAUUUCUGACAGAGCAAAUGUACAGCUGAUUCUAGCUGUACGUGGUGGUGGAGUAGCUCCUUAAAACGAAAGGACUGUUUGGACAAUCAGACUGACCUCUGCUUGAACUAACACUGUCAAGUUUAUAUCCCUGAGAGUGGCCUAAGGAAGUUCGUUGGUUCUAUGUGCUGUGUCCUUGUGUGGCGUAAGGAAGCGUUGCUUGCUAUGACUUCAGUAUCAUUGUAGCCAACUGAAUAAUUUCAAGACUUUAAGUUAGAAGUGGAUGCCAUGUAGGAAAUGAAGGUGGACAAUAAAAUAUCUUAAGCACAUUUUAGAGAUAACGUUACUAGUAUCAAACAAUGACAGAGAAUAUAACUGGACUUCACAAUGAUAAGCCUGAAAGAAAAGUCCAGUGGAUGCUCAUUCUGAUGUUUAGAUUUGUAUAUUGACUAAAAUUAAAUUUAAAUAUAUGAUAAAUAUAAAGUAAAUUGAUUUUUGUGAAUUAAAAUAUAAGUCCAAAAUUGGCAGGGCUUCCAGUGAUAUUGCAAGCUAAUAAUUAUAGUUAAACAAUUUGAAUAAUUCUGUAUUUUAAUUGAAGGAUGGACAGGUUGCAGCCUUUAAGUAUGUUUGUUUUUAGAUUAAAUAGUAGUAGUCAAACUAAUGAGUCAAUUAAAAGCCUAAAUGCAUAGUGUCUCAGAUAUUCAUACUUAAGAUGUGAGGCAGAGUAUGAGAUUUGACCUAGUUCCCUCCCCUCUUUCCUCUAAAAGCUGUCUCAUUUAUUUUGGGAUAAGGUAUCCAAAAGUAUUCUUGGCACGUAUUGCUUAAGAUAUAUAUAUUUUAUUGUGAAUAGUAAUUGUCGCACCCUUCAAAACACAAUUUUCAGUUUUAAGUUGAAGUUCUUAGCUUGAAAGCUAAUUUUGUUAAGGGGUUCUUUUUAGUAGUAUUUAAGAGGAUUAAAGAACUAUAAAACAUUUCCAGUCUUCAUGCUGAAGCAGACAUAAAAGGCAGAGGAACUUCCUUAUUCUCACAGAAAACUUUGAAGGACAUUUAAAAUAAAAUGUGGCAUAUUAAGAAAGAUAAAAGACUUUGUGACUUAGCCUUUUAUGCAGUUAUUUAUGUUGAUAUUUAACUUUGUAUUGUUUCCUUUCAGCAAGGUAAUUACUGACUUAAAUUAUUUUCAAGCAUUUGUAUUACAGAUGAGUGACUUCUCAUACCAAAUUCUGAAGCAUUGUGUUUUUUUCAGUUUAAAGUUCAGUAUUCCUUUAUGAACGGACACACAUUAUGCCCUUUAAAGGCACAUUUGAUUAAUCCAUAAGUCAUUCUUUAUAAAGUAAUUACUUUUAUAAUUAUGUCAGAACGUUGUCUUUUGUUAUAUAGUAUGUAAUUGACUAUAUGUUUCAAAGCUUAUUGUAACUGACAGCUGUGGCUGACCUUCUCCUUGCAGAUAUAUUAAAUAUAAACAGAAUGGUUCAUUAUGUUUCAAAUUUUUAAGUUUUUUCUUGCUUUUUUGUGUGUGAUUGUGUUUUGUUGUUGUUUUUGUUUGUUUGUUUUUUAUGCCUCCCCCCCAGCUUCCAAAGUUUGAGGGCAAUAGUAAGAGGGCUUACAUUUUGCUUCUGCUUCCUUUGUAGGACUCUUCUUUUGCCACAAACCAAUGUUUCUCUUUCAUUCUUUGCAUGGAUAAGUCUUUGUAUCUUCAUAGACAAGUAGUAUGGGCCUGUUGAGGCUUAUCUGUAGUGUGAGACGGGUUACGCUCAGGAUCUGAUAUUCACCCUUUACAUGUUUCAAGUGUUUUUUUACAUUGGGCUAGCUGUAAGCUGGACACGUCGGCUGAAUGCCCAGUUUUUUUCUGGAGUGCACUGGGUUUUUCCCUGGAACACAUCUCCUGGUUUAGUUUUGUCUGAAAAGAGAUUAGUUCAUGCACUCUCAGGCCACUCCACAAUUGAACCACAGUGAAGUCAGCGGGGGCAAUGGAGAAAUUAACUUAAAAGUUGUACUCCUGAUCUGAACUGCAAGGGUAACCCUGGGAUUUUUUUUCUGUCAGUGGAGGGUUAUACAAUACUAAGGUACCUCUGUUACCAACCAUUUUUACAAAGCAAUGAGAAGAACAAAGCAGUUCUAGAGAGAAGGUUGGUGACAGAUCUGAAGAUCAGGAUGUGCCAUGCAGGUAACAGCAAAAUCUGUAGAUCACAGCUGCAUUCACCCUCAGUGGGAAAGAGAUGUCACACAUCUCUGUCUACUCAUAAAAAUCUAGGCUUAUGCCACAGGAUUUUUUUAUUUUUUUUUUUAAUUUUUAAGGAGAAGAGUAACGGGCUGGAUUUUGCUUCACAUAAGCAUAAAUCAAAAUUUCAGGGUAGUUCUGUCCAUUUUGGGGGGAGCAAGGGGCACAAGGAGAUUCUUUUCCUUGUAACUUCAAGUUACAGCUAUAGGAAAAGACAGUGUAAGAUUUCAUUUUAACUGGUAUUUACUAAAAUAUUUAUUACAUUAUUUUGGAGUAAUAUGAAGUCAUUAUAUUUUACAGUUGCCAAGUGAGGAAGGGGGGUCAUCACAGUAAAAAUAAAAGUUUAAAUGAUUUGCACUUGGUUAGUACAAAACAAACAAACAAAUUCCAAGAAUGUUUAGUUCAGACAUUUAUCUUGAGUAGGUGACAAAAAUGCAGACACGUGGCAGCCUAGAUGCAAGACAAAUGUCCAUUUCAAGUCUGUUCUGGAAAUUUGUACAUUUUGAAGUGGGUGGCAUGUUUUCAAAAAAGAAAAAGGAAUAAGUGCUUCAUUGUUUCAAGCCUCAUUACACUUUUAAUAAACAGAGUAGAGGCUGAGGAAGAAUGUUCAAACCGUCGAAAGCUCUAUAUAUUUUAAGUGAGUUGCAUUCCAGAAGUCUCUCAAAUAACUACUGUUUUCUUUCUUGUAUCUUAUUCCUUUAUAAUCAAACACAUAAUGUGUCUUGGCUGGCAUUUUUGAUUGCUCCCAAUAGUGGGAAUGAUUUACAAUACAUGGUGCUACUGUAAUUGUGGUGUAAACCAUUCCCAGUCAUGUUACAUGGUUAUUGUAUGGAUAAAUGCUGUAUGAGGGUUUCUUUUCCUAGGGUGCAUAUAUGUUAAAAGUAUUUAAAUUGGGCAUUAGAAAGUAUCAAAAGGGAGGGAAACUCAAGAUUGUAGCAUUUGGCAAUUUGAACAACAUGGUAAGGCAAACUUUUGGGGUUUCCACAUAACUUGGGUUUAAACAAUGUUGACUUUUACAUUCUAACAGGUUUUAUGUCAACUGCUUUGUGGUGGGAAAAAGUUUAGCUGUGUCAGUGGUACGAGAAAAGUCGGAGGUUUGGCCAGAUGCAUAUAAGAACAGUUGGGGGGUGUUGAUAUACCUGGUAUCAGAGCGUGCAGUGGGAAAAAGAGAAUGACAUUGAUUAAACACUGAUUAUCUGAGUACUUUUUUGUGAUGCUGACAUCAAGAAGUCAAAGGCUUACAAUGUUAAUUAUCAUCUGCAACAAUCAAUUUACACUUUACAAGGUCCUAGCUCAUUUUAACUUUGUAGGGAUUACAGCUGUGGUCUCUGUGUUUAAAUUGUAAGGAUUAGAAACUGGUUUUCAAAGGCACCAGUGUAGUUAGAGUUACAUGUUCAAGAGGCCUGGUAUAAAGUGUGUUUCUGUUUUUCCACUCUGUUUUGGGCAAGACUCAAAUGUCAUGUAGCAUCCCUGAGAUUAGACCAUGGGAAAAAACGCAGUCAGUUUCCUUUUAAUGUAGCAAAUACAUUUACUUGCGUUCUGUUCUACUACAGUUGUUUGGAGGAUGUGACCAGGAGGUUUUUUCUUCUUUUAAAGUGCUAUAAUAAGCAUAAAUUCAAUUUAAAGAGAAAUCCAGGCACUAGAAUAAUUAACUAUAAGAAGUGGCAUUAAUUAUGUGUGUGAACUAGCAUGGAAGUAUAUGCCUCUCUCAUUUAGAUAUAAAGUAGAGGAGGUAGACUGGCCCCUAGAUGAUCUUCUUUGAUGUUCAACCCUGUGCAGGUUCAUAGUUCCUUUUGCUGUUAUGGGAUAACAUCGUUCAGGGGUGACUUCCUUCUUUUCCAUCUGUUCUAUUACUUGGUGCAGUGCAACCUGAUCAAAUUAUUAAUGAUACUCUGAAUACCUAAAGAAAAAUGUUUAGUAAAGGGUUUGCAGGCAUACCAGUUGUCUGUAGAAAUGUGCAAUUUAGUAAAUCCUAAUAGACAUAAUGUAGAAUGUUAAAUUUUGCCUCUUGAGCUGUUGUUGUUUUCUUCUUACAAAGGUGUCUUUUUCCUCCUGUCCUCCAGAAGACUUAGAUUGUUCUUGUUUAUCUAAUAAAAAUGUUUACAGAGGAAGCAUCUGAUGUAAUGAAUUGGAAAGGAAUUGAAACUAAAUAAAAAGUUAGUAUAUUAGCAACUUAUUCUACUUAUUUUUUAAUAUAAUGGAAAAGGAGGUGAAUGGGGUGUUGAGAUGAGAAUUCUGUAUAUAUCUAGAUAUCUCAGGAAGGUUUAUUUGAAACCUGAUGGUGAAGUUUUGAAGAGUAAGUGUAUUUUGUUGGCUCUGCAUAGUUCAUACUUCUGUGAAAUAAUGUACUGUGUAUCUUCGAUAGCUCGGCAAGAACUAGCAUCCAAGAGGUGGAGAGGAAUGGCCAUGCUAUUGUUGGGCCACCUUGGAGACUUCUGAGAACUAAAAAUAGUACCGGCCAAGCUGAGGCAGCCCUCAGAACCUACUUGAGAUUCAGUGUCUCUUCCUGUCUUCUGCAGGUGGUUCCACUCUCAAAACAUCACACCACCUUCUGUUGUAUUCUCCAAUGCAACUUCCUCCCUCCUCUCUUUAUGGGCUUGCACAGAAUCCCUAAAACUUGUAUGGUUUUGAAUUCAAGCAAAAGACUAGAAAUUGGAAUAAUCUUCACAUUUCUUUGAAUAAGAAGUAAUAAUGCAACGAAGGCAGGGAAGAGUCAAUGCUGGACUGCUUUUGUUGCUUUAUCAAAUUUCUCAAGUUGGACUCCAGAACAUUCCUUCUGUUACCCUAGGGGUACUCGCACUGAAUAUUUUCCUCUUUUUGAAUCCUGUGAGGCCACUGGCUGAAGUGUGUAUCAGCGUAAAUGAAGGCUUCUACAGAAAGAACUGGCAGCGUUUACUGCUUUCCCCUGUCCACCAUGCAGAUGACUGGCAUUUAUAUUAUAACAUGGUUUCCAUGCUUUGGAAGGGGAUAAUGCUGGAAAAAAAGCUUAAGAGCAUAUGGUUUGCAUACAUAAUUGCAGUAUUUUCAGUGCUGAUUGGAGUGGUUUAUAUGGUGCUGGAAUUCAUGCUUAUGAAAAUUCUGAAUGAUCCUUCAUAUGAAAUGAACUGUGCUGUAGGUUUUUCAGGAGUCUUGUUUGCUUUGAAAGUUCUUAACAACCAUUACAAUCCAGGAAGAGUCAGCAGUGUCCUUGGAUGGCAGAUACCCAGUAAAUAUGCUUGUUGGGUGGAGCUGGUGGCUAUUCAUUUAAUCUCCCCAGGGACUUCUUUUGCUGGGCAUCUGGCAGGGAUACUUGUUGGAUUGAUGUACACUAUGGGACCUCUGAAAAAGAUCAUGAAAGCCUGCGCAGGUGGCAUUUCUUCAUUCACUGACCCUGCCAGACCAAGGGACUACUAUUCAGAGUAUUAUGGCUAUCCAGGUUAUCAAUACAGAACGCCAAGGAACUAUUAUGAUUAUACAGGUGGGCUUACUGAAGAAGAACAGCUUGAAAGGGCAGUGCUAAACAGUCUUAAUGAAAGAGGAGGAGAGAAACGGCCCAGUUGCAGCUGUCAUCUUGGCCAUUCUUUGCUAAAACCUAUGGAUCUGCAAGGGUUAAGUUGUAUUAUUUGACUAUGAAAUUGCUCCUCAAGCAUCUCUCUCCCAAUUGCUUAAAGCAAUUCAGCAUUUAAUACCCUCAAAUUUCUUUGCUUUUCACUACAGGAUGAUUAGAUCUUUCAAAACGAUGCUUUAAGUAUGCAACUCUGGAAAAGAUAAGGCAUAAGCCUAGAUAGGAUCAGCUCAUGCCUCUUUGCUGACAUCUGUUCUGUUUCUGACAUUUGUUUUUCUGACUAGAAUUAGUUUCUGGUGGGUAGGGCACUUCUGGAGAUUGACCAUGUUAGUGAUUUGGUAUAAUGUGAGCUGUGAAGGUCCACAGUAGAAACUCCUGCAGUUUGUCCAGUAGUGAUAGCUGCCUGUGCUUUAACAUCCAUAGCAUAAUGAAGAAUAAAAUAAAAAAGUCUUGAAUUUUCUGUUGUGAUCAUGCCUUAUUGUUUUCAAAUAUACCAUGCAUUGGGUAUAGCAACAGAAGCCAAAAUUUUUUAAUAUUAAAAUUUUCAUCAAUCUUUCCUUUUAACAAAAUAAAUGUGCUUUAACUGAAGAAUGAACAAGAAAAACAAUCUAUUGCUCUCCUGAUUGUCCUAUAAAAGUACUCAAUGUGAUACUUAAUUUGUACUUAAUUUGAAAUUAUCUUUUACUUGGCAAAUGACCUGUUACAAGUGAGGUGAACUAUUUAACAUCAGUUCAGUGAUGAAAUGGAAGUUCAGGGUUUACUUCAUAAAUGUGUCAACUGUGAAUCCAAAAGGUAAACUGAAACAUUUAUUAGUUUCCUUCUGCUAUCAUGAGUCUCUAAGGAAGUUUUGGGCAUUAUCAGCUGUUGUAAGUCAGUAGUGUCCAGAACUGCAUGAGAACAGAACUGAAAUAUGUGUACUGCAGAGUUAAGUCUUUCCUUUGAAAGACUUGUAUCCAGCAAGACAGUCUUAACUCCUUGUAUUUAUUGUUGAUUGAGUUUGGUCUCUGUGUAGAAUUUAGAAUAUAUUUUCUUGUUCUAAACCAGAAAUAUCAUUCAAUAAGGUCUUGAUAGGCAAUGAGUAUCUGCUGUGUCAGAAUUUCAGGAAUUUCAGAAUUGACAUAGUUGUUUGUUUGCCAUCUGUUAAUUAUAAAAAUUAAAGCAGAUAAUGGAAUUUAUUGUAUGAACCAGAAGUUUUUUCUUAGGAAUCAGAAGAACCAAUAUUGUGUGAAUUUUCAUUGCAAAGUCUCCAAUAUCCAAUAAGGUAUGGCUAACAGUCUCAUAUAAAGAUACGGUUUUUUCUUUCUACCUUAGCAGAUUGGGCAGCUGCAUUUUUUUUUAAAUGGCUGUUGAACAUGCCAGUAAUUUGUUUCCAAAACUUGGAAUUUGAAUAGAACCAAGAGAGUAUUAUAAACUCUUUCUUGAAGGAUUCCCCUGGUUAACUGUAUCUUUUUGAAUUGAGAAGACUUCUGCUCAGUAGUUCUUAUUUUUCUGUAUUGUUUAAAUCCAAGAAAAAUGGUGCAAAUUUGAGUAACAAUCUGCAAAUCUGUGUUGGGUUUUUUAACUACGAAAAAUGGUCUCAUGGGUCAGCUUAAAGUGUUUUUCAGUUAUCUUUCCAAAACUGUUGUUACAGUAACUGUAACAAGCAGUUCCUCAUGUAAAUCUUGAUGUAGGUCAGCAGCUGAAGGAGAACCAGGGAGCAAGGACAGGACGGGCAAACGCACUCAGUGUCAGCACUGGCAGUCCAAGCUGAUGAGCUGUGAGCGACUGCUCUUCUGAGUGCAAAACAUUCACAGUUUUCUCAACUGAGAGAUGCUUGCUUAUUCAUAGUGGGGUUAAAAAAAACAUUAAAAAAGGGAGGACAAUCAGUGUUGUCACCUUCAUUUCAGGCUGUGUGUCUGAUUAAUCAAAUAUCUGAUUUUGAUGUGCUGAGUAACCUUUGGACCAGUGCUUAAUGCAUUAUACAUUAUGUCUGUCGGGGACUGUAGGUUCAGAAUAACGUGCUGUAAUGCCUAACUGUAGCAAGUAUUUUAGGCAUGAUUAAGCAUAUUUAUUUAACACGAGUGAAAAUGUUUAAGGUUCUUAAAGCUUUGUUUAUAUUACACUAAUACAGGUUUAGUUAAACUGGUUGCCGUUAGUGAUUUUCUUGUUUUGGUCCAAAAUUCUAUAAUAGUAAACUUUGAUAACAAAAACCCCACACACAGAGUGACAGGAGUCUCAGUCUUCCGUAUUCACAGAACACAGCUGUAGUUCACAAUAAAAUGAAUUUAAAAACAUGCUAUAUAAGUUUAGUGUUUGUUCUUUUUUGUGCUAUAUCCUUUGAUUUUGUCUAUCAUCUGCAGUUAUUGCUGUUUUUUAAAUACUUUAAAUACAGUCUUAAAGUCUAUUAGCCUUGAAGUUUUUUGCUGGUAUGUUGAAAAGAUUGUGUUCAGUGUUUGCAUAGAAGUCCAGGUGUUGUUUCAGUAGUAACAGUAGCCUAAUUACCAUUUCUGAACACUGUGGUUUAUAAAUAUUUUGGUUAGAUAAAGGUGUUAUUGCAUUAAUAUUUUCAUUGUAAUUUAAAAAGUAAAGGUGUAGGGGAACUAUUUUGGGGAACUACUUUGGGUAACAGGAUAAUUUAAAUAUAUACAUACAUAUAUAAAUACAUGUAUUUAAGCCUUCACAUUCAGACAACUUCACUCCUCACCAUAUUGUCUGAUAUAAAAUAAUGUAUUUUCUUGAACCUAAACCUCUUCAAAAUGCAUUGUCAGUCUUUUAUUUUUGGGUCAACAUGUAAAGGAGCAUUUUGCAACUUUCUUGUAACAUCUCUUCCUAUUCCUGGUGAUUUAUUAAAGCACAUUUAUAUUUGAAGUGUAGAGUGUAUUUUAUGGGAAUUCUGCCAGUACUAGUCUUAAAUGUAUAAGUGGUAUCUGAUUUCUUAAAUAAAAACCAACCAAAGGUCCUAUAUAGAAAAACAAACAUUUUAAUGAGCAACCUUGAUAAUUGACAAUGUCACUACAGAAAAGGAUUUUUUAAAAACACAGAUGUUAUCUUAAUUAUGAUGAUUAAAAAACAAAUACAUCAAACUUCAGCAUUACAAUGCAGUUUUACCCUGUGUGCUGCAGCCAUUUGUAUGAUGAGGGUCCUGACCAUAUUAUUCUUCAUAUAUAAAAAUUUGUCUUUCAGCUAUUGUUAAUAUUUAUAUUUAAAAUAUACUUAUCAAAAGUCAAAAUAUGAAGAAAAUAUUAGGCAUUUUAAUUGGUGUUAUAUAUAAUAUUAACAACACCAUGAAAUGCCCUUAACUUGAUUUUCUUUUCUAUUUAUUCACCCCAGAUAUUA